UCAUGAUGGCCGCUGUCUGGUCUGCCGGAUGGUGUCUCGCUCAGACGAGUUUCAUCCUCCGGUUCUGCCCGUUCUCCCGGUUCUCCCUGUGGUCCUGCAAGGUCAGUGGGCUUCCCGGCGCUGCGAGGUCCGGCCUGAGGUGCAGUUCCUGACUCGACACUUCAUCUUCCACGACAGCAACAGCAGCUGGGAGGGACAUUACUAUCAUUACUCUGAUCCGGCCUGCAGACACCCAACCUUCAGCAUCACGGCCAGAGGAGCAUACAGCAGAGGAGCAGAGUCAGCACGCAUCAGCGGAGCUACUGAGUACAUCUUCACAGUGCAGCAGGUGUGUGUUCUCCCUCUGGAUGUGUCGACCGUGUCUCUGCUGAACCUCUCCCCCGGGGCUCAGUGUGGUGUCCGCGGCUCCUGGAGGCUGGGCGAGCAGCAGGACGUGACGGCGACUCAGGGCUGCGCGGCUCUGGGCAUCCGGCUGCCGCACACAGAGUUCGAGAUCUUCCGCUCGCAGCGGCUGCAGGACGGCCGACUGCUGCUGUUCAACGGCCAGAGACCCAGCGACGGCUCCAGUCCCGACCGGCCCGAGCGCAGACCAUCAUCCUUCCAGCAGCCGCUCAUGCAGUGCACAGAGCAGAGCGUCAGCGGGUUCACGGAGCAGCAUCAGCACCAGCUCACCGUUACCAUGGUGAUGCUGCUGUUCUGGAGUCUGAUUGGCUGACUGUGGACACACAACACAACAUCAGCACCAGCUGCAUGUAACCAUGGCAAUCCUACUGUUCUGGACUCUGAUUGGUUGACUACAGACAUAUAGUGCAGCAUCAGUACCAGCUGAUUGCUACAAUGGCGAUGUUGCUGUUCUGAGCUCUGAUUGGCUAACUGGAGAACGAAAUUAAUGCAACAGCUGAGCUUCACCAUGGCAAUGCUGCUGCUCUGUACUCUGAUUGGCUGAUUGCGGACACAGCGCAACAUUAUCAACAGCUGACCGUAACCAUGGUGAUACUGCUAUUCUGGACUCUGAUUGGCUGACUGCAAACAUAUAAUGCAGCAUCAGUACUAGCUCACCGGUACCAUGGUGAUACUGCUGUUCUGGAGUCUGAUUGGCUGACUAAGGACACACAACACAGCAUCAAAACCAGCUCAAGGUAACCAUAGCAAUGCUGCUGUUCUGGAAUCUGAUUGGCUGACUACAACCAGACAAGAGCAUCAGCUCACCAUCACCAUGGUGAUACUGCUGUUCUGGACUCUGAUUGGCUGAAUGCAGACACAGCGCAACAUCAUCAACAGCUGAUCACAACCAUAGUGAUACUGCUGUUCUAGAGUCUAAUUGGCUGACUACAACCAGACAAGAGCAUCAGCUCACCAUCACCAUGGUGAUUCUGCUGUUCUGGAGUCUGAUUGGCUGACUAAGGACACACAACACAGCAUCAAAACCAGCUCAAGGUAACAUGGCAAUGCUGCUGUUCUGGAAUCUGAUUGGCUGACAACAGCCAGACAACACAACAUCAGCUCACUGUUACCAUGGUGAUACUGCUGUUCUGGACUCUGAUUGGCUGACUACAACCAGACAACACAGCAUCAGCUUACCGUCACCAUGGUGAUACUGCUGUUCUGGACUCUGAUUGGCUGACUACAACCAGACAACACAGCAUCAGCUCACCGUCACCAUGGUGAUACUGCUGUUCUGGAGUCUGAUUGGCUGAAUGCGGACACAGCGCAACAUCAUCAACAGCUGAUCACAACCAUAGUGAUACUGCUGUUCUGGGCUCUGAUUGGCUCACUGUGGAUACACAACAGCAUCAACACCAGUUGAAUGUAACCAUGGUGAUACUGCUGUUCUGGACUCUAAUUGGCUGAAUGCGGACACAGCGCAACAUCAUCAACAGCUGACCGCAACCAUGGUGAUACUGCUGUUCUGGGCUCUGAUUGGCUGACUGUGGAUACACAACAACAUCAACACCAGUUGAGUGUAACCAUGGUGAUGCUGCUGUUCUGUUGUCUGAUUGGCUGACUGGAGGACUGAAUGACCAAUGAAAACACUGAUGCACAACUGCAGCACUUUACUGACCUGAAGACGUGUAUUCUAAAUGUAAUAACUGAUAAGGUCAAUAUUAUUAGCCCCCUUAAGAAACCAAUAGGGAUGCACUUUAUUUAUUGUAUAUUAUUGUUUUUACUGAUUAUUAUUAAGGGAUUUUACUAUGCACGUUUAAAAUUAAGGGCAUCCCGGUGGCACAGUGGGUAGCACGAUCGCCUCACAGCAACACUGAAAAAAAUUAUUCAAAAAUGAUUCCUUGGAUUUACUCAAUUUUACUACGUUACGUGGUUGUAACCAAUUUAUUUGUGUUGAAUUUGAACAAACAAAUUAAGUUCAACAUUGAUAAACUUAAUUUGU